GGUUCCGCGCUGGGGGCAGGGCUGGCGCUCUGCAGCCUACAUGUGCCUGCAGGGAGCGGGAGUGGACAAGGAACCGGACAGAUCCUGCCUGCCCGAGAGGGGUGAUUCUUUUGGACGGGGUCUCUGGCUGCACGGUCGUCGACGUGCCUGGUUCCAGAGCAAUGAAGCUGGCAGCCUUUGUCUCUGGCCUGGCCCUAGUGGCCUGUGCCCUGGCUCUGGAGAACGGGCUCAUGCGGACGCCCCCGAUGGGCUGGCUGGCAUGGGAGAGAUUUCGCUGCAACAUCGACUGCAAGACCGACCCUGACAACUGCAUCAGUGAGAAGCUCUUCGUUGACAUGGUAGAUCGUCUAGCGGACGAUGGCUGGAAGGAGCUGGGCUACGUGUACGUGAACAUAGACGAUUGCUGGAUGGCGAAGAAGCGGGAUGCAGCAGGGCAACUGAUCGCAGAUCCUGAGAGGUUUCCCCACGGGAUCAAAGCCUUGGCGGAUUAUGCACACUCCCGGGGGCUGAAGUUAGGCAUCUAUGGAGACCUGGGCACGUACACUUGCGGGGGCUACCCAGGCACCACGCUGGACCGGAUCAAACAGGAUGCUCAGACCUUCGCAGAGUGGGGUGUAGACAUGCUCAAGCUGGAUGGCUGCUACUCAUCGGAAGAAGUUCAGGCCCAAGGCUACCCUAAGAUGGCAAUGGCCUUAAAUGCAACAGGUCGUCCCAUUGCCUAUUCCUGCAGCUGGCCAGCCUAUCGGGGAGGACUUCCACCUAAGGUGAAUUACACCCUUCUGGCAAACAUCUGUAACCUCUGGCGUAACUAUGGUGAUAUUCAAGACUCGUGGAACAGCAUCCUCUCCAUUGUGGACUGGUUUUCAGCGAACCAGGAUGUGCUGCAGCCGGUGUCCGGCCCUGGCCAUUGGAAUGACCCAGACAUGCUGAUCAUUGGAAACUUUGGCCUCAGCUAUGAACAGUCCCGAUCCCAGAUGGCUUUGUGGACAAUGCUAGCGGCCCCACUCUUCAUGUCCACCGACCUGCGCACCCUCUCCCGCAGCUCCAGGGAGAUCCUGCAGAACCAACUGAUGAUCAAAAUCAACCAGGACCCCUUGGGAAUCCAAGGACGCAGGGUCCUUCAGGAGAAGGCUCGGAUUGAGGUAUUCCUGCGCCCGCUUUCCCACUCAGCCAGCGCCCUGGUUUUCUUCAGCCGGCGGACAGACAUGCCGUACCGCUACACCACCUCCCUCAGCAAGCUCAACUUCUCCGCCAGCGCCGUGUACGAGGCCCAGGACGUGUACAGCGGCGGGAUCAUCAGUGGCCUGAAGGCUGAAGAGAACUUCACUGUCAUUGUUAACCCCUCGGGAGUAGUCAUGUGGUACCUCUAUCCCACAAUGUACCUGGAGCAACCCUGGAACUUGGUCAGACAGCACCCCCAGGAGAAGGGCUUCAAUCCGUUUGACCUGUGAGGGGACCAGCAUUGGUGUUAUCAAGCCUCCUAUUGGGUACAUGUUUCUCUCUGUCCAGGAGUGACUCCCAUGGGUGUGCCAACAUUUCAUGGGGCGGGCGUUUUCCUUGCUUACAGCACAGCUAAUGAUCUACACUUGACCUCUUUGUGCCUUGAUUUUCCUCUCUCUCAACCAGGGAGAAUGGUUACCUACCUCCCAGGCGUGAGAUGAGGGUUGAUUCAUUUCUGACUGUAAAGUGCUUUGAGACCCUUCCCUGGAUUGCAGAACAUGGCUCCUGUGGGCAUCCGCUAACUCUCAGGACUUAAACUUGGUUUUGAUCCCUACUAGAGUAGUAGCAGCUCAUUGAAGAAGUCCUUUCUCCUACAUUUGCAGUAGGGCUAUAGAGCUGACCAAGGAUGUUCCUGUCACGCGCGAAUCUCCGUGGAGAUGCGAUAGAAGCAAUCACAUGUUCCAUGGCCAUUUCCUUCACUUUGAAUUUUCAUUCUAUCAAUCAGCAGAACUGGAAGUGAAUGAGUUGUGAAAAUAUUGGCUCCUUCAGGAGGCAGCCUUGUCCUGGAGCCAGAGCAGGGCCCUGGGACUUAGAAACACCUGAAUUUCAAUGCUGCCUCUGCCCGUGCCCAGGAGCUGCUAGAGGCUAUGUCUGCACUAGCCCUGCUAUAGUGACGCUGCUAUGGAGCUGCAGCCCUGUAGAUGCUUCCUGCACUGAGAGGUGGGGCUUUUUCUGUUAGUGGUGUUAAUCCACCUCUCCCAACAGGCAAGUGGAUGGAAGAAUUCUGCAACAUCAAUAGAAAGGCCUAGGCCAACCUAACUGCAGUACUCAAGGUGUGUCAUAGCCACAAACAAUGUAGUUAGGUUGAUCUGAUUUUUAAGUGUAGACUAGUAGAUCUCAACCCACGCCCCAUUCAGCACAGCUUGUGGCACAUGUGACACCCUCCGGGCCGUUCUUGUAGCAUAAAGGUUCUGUGUGUAAAUAUGGCUCAUAUAACACAGAGAGCUGCAUCAGCAGACUGCAACGGGAAAUAAAUUGAAAACCACUGGGCUAUGUCUAGACUGGCAUGAUUUUCCACAAAUGCUUUUAACGGGAAAGUUUUUCCAUUAAAAGCAUUUGCGGAAAA